AACGGCUGAAUUAUUGUUGAGGGAUGUUUGGCAUUACUAAUGUGGUACAGUUACAGUAAUAUGGUGUUUUUGUUUAUGAUGAAUCUGACCCAUCUUGUUUCAACUGAUAAUAUAAGCGAAGUCCAGAAUAAUCAUUCCUGUAAUAGAGGUCCUUAGUUGUGAUAAAUUCAUGCAAAAGAUACGUAAUAUAAUCAUUUUAUGCGUACAUUUUGCCUGUUCCUUAAAAUCUAGUGUGCUGACCACCUAUACAGCAUUUCUGAGCAGCACAAGUACGACUAUCAUCACUUUUUGGACGUUUACUACGAUACAUGGCUUCUAGGACGUGUACCAUGGUAUUCUUUGGAGUAUUAUGGUACAAAGAUAUGGGAAUGCAAAGAGCCACCAAUGUGACGUAUCAAGCCCAUCAUGUGAGCAGAAAUAAGCGUGGCCAGGUAGUCGGCACUAGAGGAGGAUUUCGAGGAUGCACGGUGUGGCUGACAGGGUUGUCUGGUGCGGGUAAGACAACGGUCAGCAUGGCUCUGGAGGAGUAUCUGGUGUGUCAUGGCAUCCCCUGCUACACUCUGGAUGGAGAUAACAUCAGGCAGGGCCUCAAUAAGAACCUGGGCUUCAGUCCUGAAGACCGCGAGGAGAACAUUCGUCGUAUUGCAGAAGUGGCUAAACUGUUUGCUGAUGCUGGUCUUGUGUGCAUUGCCAGCUUCAUUUCCCCAUACAGCAGGGACCGCCUGAAUGCAAGGAAGAUCCAUGAAGCUGCUGGCCUUCCAUUCUUUGAGGUGUUUGUAGAUGCUCCUCUGGAUGUGUGUGAGCAGAGAGAUGUGAAGGGGCUCUAUAAGAGAGCCAGAGCUGGAGAAAUCAGAGGGUUCACAGGAAUAGACUCUGAGUAUGAGAAGCCAGAAGCUCCUGAACUGGUUCUGAAGACGGAUUCUUGCAGUGUGAACGAGUGCAUCCAGCAGCUCCUGGACCUCCUGCAGGAGAGAGACAUAGUUCCAGUGGACGCAUCCUAUGAGGUCAAGGAGCUCUAUGUGCAGGAGAACCAGCUGGACUUGGCAAAGGCGGAUGCAGAGACUCUUCCAGCAGUGGAGAUCACUAAGGUGGACAUGCAGUGGGUUCAGGUGCUCGCUGAGGGCUGGGCCACUCCUCUGAAUGGCUUCAUGAGGGAGAGCGAGUACCUGCAGUGUCUUCACUUCAACUGUCUUCUUGACGGUGGGGUUAUUAACCUGUCGGUGCCGGUGGUCCUCCCCAUCUCAAGCGCCGAUAAGGAGCGUCUAGACGGCAACACUGCAUUCGCGCUAGCCUACGGUGGUCGGAGGGUCGCAGUACUCCGAAACCCGGAGUUCUAUGAGCACCGCAAGGAAGAGCGUUGUGCCCGGCAGUGGGGCACCACAUGCAAGGAUCAUCCAUACAUCAAGAUGGUGAUGGAGAGCGGAGAUUGGCUGGUCGGUGGAGAUCUCCAGGUGCUGGAUCGGAUCUACUGGAAAGACGGGCUGGAUAGUUACAGGCUCACACCAACCGAACUCAAGCAGAAGUUUAAAGAAAUGAACGCAGAUGCUGUUUUUGCAUUUCAACUCCGGAACCCAGUACAUAAUGGCCAUGCACUGCUCAUGCAGGACACACAGCGGCGUCUAAUUGAACGUGGCUACCGCCGACCCGUGCUUCUGCUUCACCCGCUGGGUGGCUGGACCAAAGAUGAUGAUGUGCCACUGGCCUGGCGCAUGAAACAGCAUGCAGCCGUGCUGGAGGAGGGACUGCUUGACCCCAACUCCACCAUAGUGGCCAUAUUCCCUUCACCGAUGAUGUAUGCUGGCCCAACUGAGGUCCAGUGGCACUGUAGGGCCCGGAUGGUGGCUGGAGCCAACUUUUACAUAGUGGGCCGUGACCCCACAGGAAUGCCUCACCCAGACACAGGUAAAGACCUCUACGAGCCCUCCCACGGGGCUAAAGUUCUCACCAUGGCCCCUGGGCUCAUAUCACUGGAAAUCGUCCCUUUCAAAGUGGCAGCCUACAAUAAAGUCAAGAAGGCCAUGGAUUUUUAUGACCCCAAAAAACACCAGGACUAUGACUUCAUCUCAGGAACCCGCAUGCGGAGGAUGGCUCGCGAGGGCCAGAACCCUCCGGAAGGCUUCAUGGUGCCCAAAGCCUGGAAUGUUCUCAAGGAAUACUACCAGUCUUUAGAGAAGGCCUAAGCCUUUUUCCAGGUGUGGAGAGAGGCGGAAGCAAUUCUGUUACAGUGAAAGAAGGGAAAAGAAGAAGGAGGAGGAGGAGAUCUUGGUUUGUAAAAAAACUAAACACACACACACACAAUGAUUGAACACGGGGACCACCCAAAGGACUUCUUGCACUGUUUUGGAUGUUGUUCCUUAUUAAAUCACUGUAGGUCUCAUAGUACUGAGUCUUAUGGCAGCAUUUUAUAUGUUUGGUUAAAAAAAAUAAAGCAAGUUAACUUGUGAAAGGUACCUUUUAUGUAUUCAACACAAUAAAGAUAGAAAACCAAACUGUUUUAUUAGCAACUAUGCCAUCUCUAUUAUUGUAAACUCCAAAGUCACUGUUACAGUUGAAUGAAAGAUGACGUGUAAUUAAAAAUUGUACACUUGC